AUGAUUGAAGCUGAAAGGUUGUCUUUUCUUAGACACAACCAACAAAGCUUGAGAGCUGCGAAUGUCAAGAAUUUAAGAGGUGCUGUCGAAAGAGGUGAAACAGAGGGAUCUUCGACUGGAAGUCGUAUAGUAUUGCCAUCUUCCUUCACAGGAGGACAUAGUUAUAUGAGAGAAAACUAUCAAGAUGCGAUGGCUAUUUGCAGAUGGUAUGGUUAUCCAGAUUUAUUCAUAACAUUUACGUUGGUUUAUACAGUUCAAUUCCAAAAGCGUGAUUUGUCCGCACGCUCUAUUUUGUUGUUCAUGCACCAGGGAGACAAAUACCCUGUUGCUUCAGAUAUUGAUAAGAUUAUUUGUGCUGAGUUGCCCGAUAAAUGUGAAGAUCCAGAACUAUAUCAAGCAGUAAGCGAGUACAUGAUGCACGAUCCAUGUGGGUCAGCAAAUACAAAUGCUCCGUGUAUGAUUGACAACAAUGCAGUAAGCAUUUUCCCAAGAGACCUGCAUUUAACCGAUGAUCAAAUCGAAUCUUUUGCAUUGGCUGAGAUUGAAACCAUGCUCCAAAGUAAUGGUAGCAGCUUGCGGAAAUGCCGUUUCCGGAUGAACUAA